UUAAAAAUCUAUUUCCAAAUGUGUGGAAGGUAGUGCAGGAAUAAGAACUGCAGCAAAAUCAGAGCUGCAGGAGACUUGGUUUAUGUCAUACUAAACAGAUAAGCUGCUUGUAGCAGACCCUAAGCUCCAGUAAAGUUUCUGCUUUCAGUGUUCACAAGCGACUCACAUUGAACCCCCCACUAUAAAUCCGUAGCACACGAGAGCUUGCUCACUGCUAAAUCAAAGUACAAGCACUUGUUUAGAAGAGAGUUAGCAUGGACUGCAAUUCAAGACUGCCUGAAUUCUUUUUUUUUUUUUUUUUUUGGUAACAGAUUUUUUAUUGUCCUUAUCUAUAGAGAGGAGAUAUUAGGAGCAAAGAAGAAGAUAAAUCCUAUCUCUGUACUUUUGGAAGAUUCUGUUCAGCAGAAGGGAAGGCUUGAAAAAUCUUUAUAGAGAGGUAGAGAGAGUAUUGGUACCAAAUUUUCACUGUGCUGCAGAUUGCUGUUUUGCUUUUUAAGAAGUAACUUACACUUGUGUGGAUUUCUAGCUCUUGCUCUUUUUACCUCAUCUUAAUAAAUUUGUUAGCUUUAAGCUGAGCUUAUCUUUAGCAUAGCUAUAGCAUAGCAUAGCUUCGAAGAUAGCAUUUCAGGAUUUUCUAAAAUUAUAGUUGCCAUAGACCUGCCAAAAUAUAUACAGCCUAAUUCAAAUUAAAGGCUACAGUAACCAAUAGAACUGGAUUGUCCACUGAACUAAUAGUUGAUACCUACAGAUGCCUACAGAAAUUCUUUUCUAGGACCUAGUGAUACAAAGAAUUCUGUGGCCAGCACUGAGCAGAAUGAACAGUGUGUCCUCUUGAUGAUAAAAAAGGAAUUGUCUCUAAAUUUGUCAGAACAAUUCUACAAUGAUAUAUGGUGUGUUUAACUCAAGCUGUAUUUUCAAAGUUAAAAUAGCUGUUAAUUUUGUAUUUUCUGUAUGUUUCUUAUAGGCUAGAAAAAAGCAAGCAUUUAAUUUAGAAUCUAAUGGUUGCAUAUGUGCAUUUAUUGUGAAUACUGGUAUUCAGGCAAACUAUGGUUAUAUAGAAAGAAACAUUUUAUUUUAAAUUGUUUUUAAAAUUAAAAAGUUCCUUUCAUAAAGUACAAAUAAUUCUUUUUAUGAACUCCCUUCUCAGUACUCUUGUUACCCAGCCUUUGAACAAUGAAUAUACCAUGUUAUAUGGGAGAGACAGUGGUUUGUCAGUUUUAAUAAAGGUAGAAGUAAGAUCACUGUCAUGCAAUGAAAUUUGCUAAAUUAUUUUCUAUCAAUUCUGGUUCUUUCAUUGUCCUUCCAUUCUAGGAUUUUCCUUUUUUUUUCUUUUCACCUUUAUUGCUUCAGUAUCUGUUACUUGAAGCCCAUCUAAUCACUCAAAUAUUCUCUAAGCUCUUCUUAGUGUUGGUACCACUUCCACACUGAAUUUAAGACAAGGAGGUGAAAAGAAACUGACUUCUCUCAUUUUGGAUUCUAUUAAUGACUCAGAAACUUAUAUUUUUCAUUUUUUUUGGGUAGACUAGAAUACCUUGAGAAACAUCAGUCAUCUCUCAGAACACAGGUUUUUUGCCUGAAAUGACUCUUCCGUAUUGUGAGAAUUUCUUUAGAAAUGAACACUGAGUCAUAAUUUAAAAAACAAGAGAAUAAUCACUUAUUAUCUCAAUUUCUCUAUAAUACUACACAAUAUUUCAUUUGGGAUAUUUAAAUUAAUAGUGUAACGUACAUGAUUGGACUGUAAAUGCUUUGGACCGGGUAAGACACUCUUAGUAAGAUAACUCAGUUUUUGAGCCCCAUUUCUUUGGAAAUCUAAAUGAACAACAGAGAAACAGUACACAUAACAGUCUGAUAAUGCUGCAGAACAAAACCAUACAAUAAGCAGUGAAAAGCUUAGAAAGUGAUUUCUGCAUCUCUUUAGUACAAGAGGAAGUCAGAUAACUGAAGCUGAGUUAGUGGUCUAGUAGCUCUACUUUAAUGUUUAGAUACCUUCAUAAAAGUUAGGCUUAUAAUGCUCCUAAGAAUAAUAAACACAAGAACAAUUUUUUUUUUUAAUCUAUGUAUUCUUUAAGUAAAAAAAUGAGCAACAUUAUAUCUAUAUUUACAAAACCUCCUUUUUUUCGUACCAAGGAUACUAAUAUCUCCUGUUCUGACCAAGUUCUUGAUAAUAAUUGCUAUAGUCUUGAUGGUUAUACCUACAUCCAAAUGUAUUUGGGUAUUCUUCUCCUGUUUUACUUUAAACACAACCAGAUAGUUACCAAUAAAGAGAUUGUGUGAGGAAGAAGUCUGUAGUCAGAUGGAGGCAAUUAAUUGAGUUUUAGAUCACACAUUCCAUAUAAAUGAACAUUUUCAUUUCAAGGUAGUUUUCAUGACAGCAAUAUUUUAGGACAAUUAAUGUCACCUUAAUUCUGCAAUAUGUGAAAAGGCACCUCUGGAGGUAUAAUUCUUAAAAUGUAAGAAGGUUUGCUGGCUCAGAGUGUAUAGUAAUCUAUAAAUUCUUUCUUUCUUGCUGUUCCACUUUAAUGCAAAUAGAUUUCUUUGAAAACUUUCUGCUGACAAGUGAAUUUUGUAAUCUUGAACUAAAACAAGAUUUGUUUCAGGUGUGUAUAUAUAUGUGUGUAUGCGCUAAUACAUGUAACUCAGAUAAUUUCAAUAAUAUUAAUUUAUUUUAAUUCAUUGGCAACUUUAAUAUAUGUGAUAUUGUUAAGAUUGGCAUGUGAUGCCAAAAAAGCUUAAUUGACUGUGGUCAUUUUAAAGUACUGACAUUUUUGAUUAUGGUACCCUGGCAUUAUAUUGGCAAAGAUACUUCAUGUAUUGAAAUUCUACACAAAUUACAUGCAAAAUGUAGUUCUUUCAUAUGUCAAUAUGCUGCCUAUGGCUGUAAUUAUACAAUGUGCACACAUCACAUUAAUAACAUGGAGGAAAUCUGCAGUGCCAGAGGAUUCUCUUCUAUUUGCCAUAAUUGCUGCAAUUAGUAAAAAAGAAAAAAAAUGCAUUUGCUUAGUUCAACAAAACAAGUUACACAGUACUGAGGAAAUAAGAGCUAUAUAGCUGCAUUUCCCAGUAUGAUGUGAAGUUCAGCAGGGGUCUUGCAAAAAUUAUGCCUAUGUCCUUUCCCAUUCUACUGUAAAACUAAAAUAAAGCUAUUUGUCAUGUUGGUAGGGCUCAUGCAAAUGCCCUUGCCAUCUCAGAGUGAGUUCUCUAAAGAGUUUUCUUAUUCCUAUGCAAUUUAUUCACCAACUGUUUGAAACCCAGUAAAUUGCAGAGUGCAGUUAUCCAUGGCAUUUGUGAAUGGGCAACUUGUUUUAGUUCUCACAGCAGCUGUGAAGGUGGGAGAAACCAGAUAAGCUUCAGUUAGUCUUACUGGUUUGCUUAAAAUGAAAAUUAACAAACUAAAUAAACCCCUGUAACCAGAGAAGCCUUGAUUCAUGUUCUAUAUCUAGUUAUGCCGUUUCUUAAUUGCCUCCACUCCUUUUUCACUAAGACCAUAAGUUAUUACUCUAUGAGCUUUCUAAAUCAUAAAAGAUUGUAUCUGUGGGUGGAAAGAAAGUUAUAUGCAGCUGUCUGGGAUCAUGAAUUUGGUAAUGAAAUAGAGUUUUGAGAAGUUCACAUUUUUAUCAUUCCUCUUUUUAUCUUAUUUCUUCUUUUACUUUUUUUCCUGGGUCAUGCACCUAUGCCUGUCAGCAGUCAGUUACUUUCUUGCAAGUUCCCCAGUAUGGUAAUUGUUCAAAUUAAUUUUAAAAUAUUGAUUUUUUUUUCUGAAAAUUUCUGGUCUCAGGUCUUUGCUUUAACAUGUCAAGGUAUGUAAGUAAAUGUAAAACGCAAUAAUAUUUUUUAAAAUUUGUUAAUUUAAUCACAAAAUUCAUCUUACCUUUGGUUUUGCUAUAGAGUCUGUUUUCAUGUUAGAAUGGUAAUAUACUUCACUCUGAGUUAUCCCAGUUCUCCAAGUUCUUCUCAAGGUUGUUUCUUCCAUGCAUAUUAUCAUUCUACAGUAAAUGGAGAGUCUCUGGCUUAUGAGCAUCGUGCAUGGAGUUUUUUUCCCAUUUAUCAAAAUUCUCCAAAACUCAUGCAGAAAAUCUGAGUCAAAAUGUUAGUCUCAUAACACAUGAGUUACAAUACUAGUGAUAGGUGCAUUGGGAGUUUAUAAGAUAUUAAACUGUGUAAGUGAUUUGCUUUCAUCUGUAAUUUUUUAGUAAAUUUCUAAUGGGCAUGUUACUGCACAGCUCUGUAAUUAUUGUGGUCCCAUUUGAUCAGUUGGCACAGCUUCAGGAUGGGUAGGUAGUGGGGGAAUAAUGCUGCUGCACAAGGGUUUGAAGACUUAGCAACUGCUGAUGCCAGAAUUUAGUUCAGACGAAGUAAUCCAAGUGCUGUGUAGACAGAAUUGUUCUUUAAUGACAGUGGCAUGACUGAAAACACAGUGUCAAGGGUAAAAGCAGAGGGUGAGCCUUGAGUCACUGUCAGUGAUUUUGCCACCACUGAGAAGUUCAUUUCCAAGUCAGAAGAGGUUUGCAACACUUUAUCGUAAAAAGGGAAGUGAAUUCUCCUUUGAGAUCAACCAUAUUAGCCUGUAGCAAUUAUUGUUUGUUUUUUUUUAAUGUACUGAAUAUUUUCUUUUUUUUUACCAUCUCUCUCUGUAAUAGAAAUGUUAAAUUAAGUUGUAGCCAGUACUAUUAUGCAAAUCUCUCAGAGGUUUUCAAUAGUUGUGAAUUGUCAUAUGUGUUUUUAAAUGUUAGCUUUUCUCAGUAAACUGAAACAACUCACCUUCUGUUUGUACACUUUAACUGGAUGGAAUGAAUUCUUAGUUUCAAUUUGUAUUUAUACACAAAACAUCAAACUAUAUACAGAUAAACCUAUUUUAUGUUUGUUUGGAGAUUGAGCAAUCCCCAGAAUUAAAUGCUGGAAGCUAUUCCCCCAUUAUCUGAGGAAUUAUUUUUAUUAGUGGAACAAAUCUGGACAUGGUUAGCUUUGUUUGACAGUACAAAUUAUAUAAAAGCCAGAGGAAAUACAUAUUAUCAUGUGUUUCUGCUUUUCAAUUCAUUCUCAUAAAAAUAUUUAUAUGAAAAAUAUCUGUAAUUCUUGUUUACAUAAAAUGAUAUAUUUAGAAAUGUUAGUUUGCUAAAUAUUUUUUGUAAAUUGAAAAGUGAAAUAAAAGAAUAUUUUAAAGUAGGACUUAUUUUUUAAAUACUCAGCCUUCAUCAUGCAAGAAUCUGAACAUGUAAUUGUACUUUGUAUUUCAGAGAACAUUUGUUUACAUUUUACACUUCCCUCCAGCUGGGGUUGUCAGUUGAAUUCUUUUAUAGUCAACAUCAGUUGUCAGUUCUCAGUCUUGCUAAAACAAGGCUGUUCCCUUUGAGCUCACCACCUUUUAGGACAUAACAAACAUUUUAGAACCCAGGAUUUUUUGUUAAUCUAGCUUUAAAGGGAAUUAUGAUGUUUGUAUUACUACAGGCUUACUGCUUCACAGGAUUUGUUGAGCCAGCUGAGAUCCUUUAUAACAGCACGGAAGGUUUGGAAGGUGGGAGAAUGAUGUGACUGGUGUACCAGUCUCUGUAGAAAUCUGUCAGUCGUGACAGUUUUCACUAACUUCCAGUGCAGUAAUAUUGUAAUGGCGUGGUGAUAUAAAUGUCAACUUUGUAACAGCGUCCCUCUGGAAAAUCUGAGUGGGUGGAUGGCAUUUUUUUUCACCACAGGCUGAGCUAUCCCAGCUUUUUCAGUUGGUGCAAAUGUGACACAGCAUAAGUGGAGAUGAAAGAGGCUGUUUUCUAUGGGCGGUGUUUUGCAAAGAAAAAAUAUAAUUUUUCUAUGGAUGUGCUUGAAAAGAUUUCUAUUGUGUUCUUAUAUUUUCAAAAAGUAGUAAUAUAAUAAUAAAAAAAAUAAUUCAGGUUUGUUGUAGAAUUGAUCAAAUAAUUUGGUAACACAGAGAACAAUUAUGAGUGCUUGCAUAUAUUACCCAUCAUAACAAAAUACAUUCUUUAGUAGAUGUUACACUACUUGUACUUCUAAAAUAGACUAUUUACAUAAAAUCAUAACUACUAGAAUAUGUGAAAUUAAUUCAAUAAUGCAAUGCUUAGAACUUGCAAGUACAGGAAGAACAUGUACUAAUUCCUAUCCACCUCCAUUGUUACCUUAAGGGCAGCUCUCUCCAUAGCAACUGAAAACUUUUCAAGGCAGCAAUAAACUAAUCCUCUCCAGCUUCCAGAGCACCAUCAAGGAAUUUUAAAAACAUUGGACUUCCAGCAGCUAAAUACUUCUGAGGAUUCAGAAGGCCACAAAGCUAGAUACACAAGCAUUCUUUUUCCCUUCAGAAGAUUCUUCAGGUUUCCAGUUUAAGCUGUGAAGUGCAAACAACAAUCCAACAUUCAGUGCAGGUCACGCACUGCUGGAAGAGGAGAUGUGUUUUCUGACCAAGCAUCCAGCUCUUGGGGUGGUAUGUUCUGCUUUCAUAUUCAGCGUGCUCAUUGCUGAAGGACAGCCUGGGGAAGAGCAUGGGCAGGAUGGCAGCAAUCCUCCCAGCAGAGGCUCUCUGGUGGAAGUUUUACGCAUUCUCUCAGCUGAAAACACUGAGCUCCACAUGAACCACUCACGAGAACUGGUCAAAAUGUUACUGGAGAGAGCUGAGUGCCCACAGCGGAUUUAUGGCAUGCAAGAGGAUUGUAAUCUGUGCCUUGAACCAGAUGCUUUGUUACUAAUAGCUGGAGGAGAUUUAGAAGACCAUCUCAGUGAAGAAGUAUUUGAGAGAAUUUCUCUUAUUCUUCUCUACUACAUUCUUCAUCGUAGAGAUAUGUGUUCUUCAGAAUUCAGCUUGAAUAAUAAGGAUUAUAAAUUUUACCUACAGAGUAUGCUUAGUUUAAGACAUGAUGAAGACUGUUAUUAUUUUUCACGGAAUGAAACUGAAGAUAUUUUAGCUGCAGUAAGGCAACAUUUUAAAACUUCUGAAAACCAGUGUGUUGAUGUGAGCACUCUGGAGAAAAAUGCUGAUAUAAUGGACAGAGAUGGUGCUGAUGAAAACACUCUUCCACGCCUGGCUGCUUUGAUCCUUACUCUGGCUCUCCAAGGAGUCUGUAUGGGGAAAGCAAGUUUGCCUUCCCCAGAAUUCUUUAUAAAAUAUAUUUUCAGUUCUCUAAAUAGUACCACUGAGCUCCAAGUGACAGAACUAGAACAACUACUAAAUGUGCUUACAGCCAGAAAGACCUGCACUGUAAAUGGACAAUUUCACAGUCACAAAAGAAGACGUUACAGUAUGGCAAUCAGAGAUAUUGGAAGAAGAGAUACUCCAGUCAAAGGAAACCAUACAAAAGGAGACUAUCUGAAAGGCUCUUUUGAAGAUCGUGAAAGGAACACAGAUUGGGACCAGGUUUGUUUCUCUGCCAAUGAACUUGUGAAGAUAUUUUUGAAGAACAGUUCUUCCUCCAUUUCUGAGGACCACUUCAAGCAAAUCAGUCCAGCUAUCAUUCAACAACUUUUAAGUUGUUCAUGUCCGCUUCCUGACUUCAAACAGACAAAGCUUCCACCAACAGCUGUGGAAAAAUAUGGUUACAGCACUGUUGCUGUUUUACUUAUUACUAUUGGAUCUAUGUUUGGUACAACUCUCAUUUUCUUUAACUCCUGUCAAGAAAUCUAUACACUCAUUUUACAGCUGUUUGUCGGUUUGGCUGUUGGAACCCUUUCUGGAGAUGCAUUGCUGCAUCUUAUUCCUCAGACUCUUGGUUUGCAUAAACAUGAAACACAAGAUGUAGAACAUUUCUAUGAGGGAAAAGAAUAUAUUUGGAAACUUUUAGGAAUAAUUGGAGGAAUUCAUGGAUUUUUCCUGAUAGAAAAGUGUUUCUUUCUUUUGGUAACACCUCGUGACCAGGGCCUUUCUUUAGUUAAUGGGCACUGGGGACAUUCCCAUGAUCUUCCAGUGGAGUCUGAAUUAAAUGAACAUUCAGGCAGAGGCAAAUCUACUUCAACCAUACAGUUGAGGAGCUCAGAAGAUUCUGAACCUGCUGAAGUUCCUCCAGAGAGCAAGGUGAUCAGCAAAAAAAGUAAAAAAAUCAGCUUGUUAGCAAUAAUGGUUCUGGUGGGUGACAGUCUUCACAAUUUUGCUGAUGGCUUGGUAAUAGGAGCAGCAUUCUCAUCCUCAACAGAAACAGGUGUGACAACAACGAUUGCUAUUUUAUGCCAUGAAAUUCCUCAUGAAAUGGGAGAUUUUGCUGUGCUGCUGAGUACAGGGCUCCCCACGAAGACUGCAAUUUUGAUGAAUUUUAUAAGUGCACUAACAGCAUUCUUAGGACUUUAUAUUGGCCUUUCUCUAUCGACUGACCCAUCCAUUCAAAACUGGAUUUUUACUAUUACAGCUGGAAUGUUCUUGUAUUUAUCUUUAGCAGAAAUGCUUCCUGAAAUGACUCAUAUUCAGACACGGCGACCCUGGUUGAUGUUUCUCUUACAGAACCUUGGAUUACUAUUAGGCUGGCUUUGCCUCUUACUUUUGGCUGUAUUUGAACAGAAAAUCAAAAUAUAAGUUUUCUGUUGGAAAUCUCGAAGUACCACUUAUGACAGUGGAUAGAGCAUUAUUCACAAUUUGUCAUGUCUGCCAUAGUGAUAUGUAAAUUAAGUUGCUGGGAUUUUAUAUCUGAACAGUAGAUAACUAUUUUACUUUAUUAACUUAUUGUUCAGAUUUUUGUAAUUAUUUUUUUUUUGUAAACAUGAAUGUUUAGAAUUAUGUUUUAUUUGUUACUGAGUUUACCAGAUCCCAUGCUCAGACUCACAGGAGCUUUUAAUUAGUUUUUAUUGAGACUGUUCUAGUUGAAUGCUAUAAGUGAUCUCUGCCAGUCUGAUUGAAGAAAAGAAUAAAACACUUUUAUAUGCAAUAAUUAAAGUGGACUAACCAUA